ACUACAUGUUUGGUCAUGGUUGAACAAUCACUAAACCACAGAAUUGUAUUUUUCCAUGUGAAAAAAAAGGACACCAAACCACAGAAUGGUGAGGCAGUCCAUACACCGGAUCCACGCAGUGCACGGACGGCGGAGGCAAAAGCCCGUUGUUUCCGAGGCCCUCACGCCGCCGCCGCCGCCGCCGCCAUCGCCGUCUCCAGCGACCACCACCAUAAAAAGCGAGCCACCCACGCCGCUGCCCGCUGCCCUUUUCACGACCCAAAAAAAAAAGAGGCCAACGCCAACCCACGCAUCCCCUCCCCUCCCCUUCCUCCGCCCACGAGUCCACGACCAAUCCGGCAAUCGAGUGGGAUUCCGUGGUUGGUUGGUUUGUUGCUUGCUUGCUCUGGCCCCGAUCUGUUCGCGGUCGCACGGCGGAGUUCCCGAGGGUUUCUUGAGAAGCUUCAUGGAUUGCUGUUAAAAAUGGCAUCAGCUGUUACCAUCAGUUCGGUUGGCGCUCAGGCUGGCAUGAUCUCAAAGCCAAGGAAUCAUGGCUUCACAAGCUACAGUGGCCUGAAGGCAGCAUCAUCCGUUAGCUUUGAAUCAGGGUCGUCAUUCCUGGGUAGGAAUGCAUCUCUCCGGGCAUCUGUUGCUCCAAGGAUUGUACCAAAGGCGAAGUCUGGUUCUCAAAUUUCUCCUGAGGCUUCGUACAAAGUGGCAGUGCUCGGUGCUGCUGGUGGUAUUGGCCAACCAUUGGGCCUUUUGAUUAAGAUGUCUCCUCUGGUCUCAGAGCUGCAUCUGUAUGAUAUUGCAAAUGUUAAGGGAGUUGCUGCUGAUCUCAGCCACUGCAACACACCUUCUCAAGUUCUGGACUUCACUGGGCCCUCGGAACUAGCCAACUGCUUGAAAGGUGUGGACGUUGUUGUCAUCCCUGCUGGGGUCCCAAGGAAGCCAGGCAUGACUCGCGAUGACCUUUUUAACAUCAAUGCGAGCAUUGUCAAGUCGCUUGUUGAGGCUGUUGCAGACAAUUGUCCAGAGGCCUUCAUCCAUAUUAUCAGCAACCCAGUAAACUCCACGGUGCCAAUUGCUGCCGAGGUUCUGAAACAAAAGGGUGUGUACAAUCCCAAGAAGCUCUUUGGAGUUACCACCCUAGAUGUUGUUAGAGCUAACACAUUUGUAGCUCAGAAGAAGAACCUCAAGCUCAUCGAUGUUGAUGUUCCAGUUGUCGGUGGUCAUGCUGGGAUCACAAUUCUACCACUGCUGUCAAAGACCAUGCCAUCUGUCACCUUCACAGAUGAAGAAACUGAACAGCUGACAAAGAGGAUACAGAAUGCUGGAACAGAGGUGGUGGAGGCGAAAGCUGGUGCUGGCUCCGCUACCCUCUCCAUGGCCUACGCUGCUGCCAGAUUCGUCGAGUCAUCUCUGCGUGCACUUGCUGGCGACCCUGAUGUUUAUGAGUGCACAUUCGUUCAGUCUGAGUUAACCGAGCUGCCGUUCUUUGCAUCCAGAGUUAAGCUUGGAAAGAACGGUGUCGAGUCCAUCAUUUCUGCUGACCUUGAGGGAGUGACCGAGUACGAGGCCAAGGCACUUGAGGCAUUGAAGUCUGAGUUGAAGGCCAGUAUCGAGAAGGGCAUCGAGUUCGUCCACAAACAGCAGACAGCAGCGGCAUCUGUUUGAAGCAAGCAGAAUGGAAUCAAUACAAGGAAGAUAAUAAACGGAAGAGGCUCUUGAUACCUUUUAGUUUCCAGGCUAGAAUUUUCUCUUGUCGACGCGUAGGGAAAGGCUCCAGACUAUUUGCAUUGUAUUGCCAUUGCUAAUUUCUUCAGAAUACAUGAGGGCGAUAACGCCCAAACUGCUGCCUGUUUUAACACAAAUUUUGCUUCAGUUUCUGAGAGGUUGGUUUGUAGCUGGACAAACUAAGGAAUAAAUCAAUUCUUUGAUCGUUUUCAGCAUUCUUCUA